AACACUCAAAUAUGACACUCUAGCGCAUGCGUCAUGUCCUAUUAUAAUGGGCUAACUGUUAGCGUUGUAAAAGAAAUUACGUGGCUGGAAUAUUUCAAUAUGGAGGUAGCAGCAUUAGUUGCCCUGACUUUAUUAUUAGGUGCUUUGGUUAUUCUGGUUGCUUUAGCGGUGGGAAGGAGAAAAGAAGAGAUAAAGGAGGAAACUGAGCAGGCUGCGGAGAGUUCAGCUGAAGCCAGCGCUGCGAAGGGCCCAACGUCUAAGAAGCAAGACAAGCAGCGGAGCCGCAAAGACAAACCAGCACAGCACAACUUCAGCCAUCCUCUGCUGGCAGCUUCACUGAAGGGCCAUAGCGGGAAUGUGACAUGCUUGGAUUUCAGCAGUAAUGGGAAAUACCUGGCGUCCUGUGCCGAUGACCGCACCAUCCGGAUCUGGAGCACCAAGGACUUCCUGGAGCGGGAACACAAGUGUCUGAGAGCUAACGUGGAGCUGGAUCAUGCCAUGUUGGUUCGCUUCAGCCCAGACUCCAGGGCUUUCAUCACCUGGCUCGCCAAUGGAGAUGCUAUUCGUAUCUUCAAGAUGAUCAAAAAGGAUGACGGGACCUUCAGCUUCAAGGCCGCCUCGGAGGAUUUCCCCCAGAAACACAAGGCCCCGAUAGUUAACAUCGGAAUUGCGGAGACUGGUAAAUUCAUUAUGAGUGCCUCAACAGACACCACCAUCCUGAUCUGGGACCUGAAGGGAGAGCUGCUGGCCUCCAUCAACACCAAUCAGAUGACCAAUUCUUAUGCAGCUGUCUCCCCCUGUGGCAGGUUUGUAGCAUCUUGCGGCUUCACUCCAGACGUGAAAGUUUGGGAAAUUUGCUUUGGAAAAGGAGGAGAGUUCAGAGAGGUAGCCAGAGCAUUUGACCUGAAGGGCCACUCUGCAGGAGUUCAUGCAUUUGAUUUUUCCAAUGACUCUCACAGAAUGGUGACUGUGUCUAAAGACGGAACGUGGAAGCUGUGGAACACAGACGUGGAGUACAAGAAGCAGCAAGACCCGUACCUCCUCAGGACAGUGCCCUGCUCCUCCUCAGAUGGCAGCAGGGUGGCCUUGUCUCCGGAUGGCCGGGUGGUCGCCAUCAGCGACGGCUGCAAUGUGUCAAUGUUCGACGCGACCACCGGGAAGCUGGAGGAGGAACUGCGCGGCGUCCACAGCCAGGGGAUCACUGACCUCAGAUUUGACAUCAACAGCCGCUUCCUGGCAUGUAGCGGAGACAAGGCCAUCCGUGUGUUUCACAAUGCGCCAGGUUACCGGGUGGCCAUCAGGGACAUGCAGGACAUGCUGAAGAAGGCUCAGAACGAGGCCAUGAAGCAGAGACUCCAGCUGCAGAUCAGAGAGGCUCAGAGCGCUCUGGAUGCUGCGUUAGCUGCUCCCGUCGAGUGAAGCAAUGCACAAAGAGCCACAUAAGUUCUUUUUCUGUCAAGAAAAUAUUCAAAUCUGCAUGCAGUUUUAAUAAAAUUAUGUUUUUAUGGACGGAUUAAAGGCAAUGUGUUCAAACAUG